AUGAACGUCUCCUCGUUGACACGUUUUAAAAUCGAUACUUUUGAUCCUAUGGGAGCUACCUUUGCCCGUCCUUGGUACAUUCAAGAAGCUGAGUUGGAUGAUGAUGCUCUUCGCAAGUUCACUUCGGCCUUAUCACCGAGAGGGCCUGGGCCCCAGGCUGCAGUCGAGGCUGCUGGUGCUGAUGAGAAUCCCUUAUUCGGCUCCUUUACGGGCGCUGUGAACUUCGCAAGGGUCGCGGCCAGGGCCAAGGAGUUCGAAAAGAAGAGCAAGACUGAUGCCGAGAGCCCUGAAUGA